UCCAUGAAGACUCUUUAUAAUACACAAAAGAUGGCUCCUACAUUAGCAUUUCACUUUCUUUCUUUGGUCCUUUUCUUCGUUACGAUGGGUGAAGGAAUCAUUGUUGAAGACAUGAAAAUAGAGUUACCAGAUCAAAAGGAUAUCGAGGAAGCUAAACAAUCAAAUCAUUUGCAUAACUUAAUCGAUGAAGCUAAAAAACCUAAUUACAAUUCUGAAGAUAUUACCCAUGAUCCCAAUCCUUGGCUCCCUUGGGGUAGUCGUGAAACCAAAAAACCUAUUUACAAUUCUGAAGUUAAUACCCAUGAUCCUAAUCCUUGGCUCCCUUGGGGUAGUCGUGAAAUCAAAAAACCUAUUUACAAUUCUGAAGUUAAUACCCGUGAUCUUAAUCCUUGGCUCCCUUGGGGUAGUCGGGAAACCAAAAGACCUAUUUACAAUUCUGAAGUUAAUACCCGUGAUCCUAAUCCUUGGCUUCCUUGGGGUAGUCGUGAAACCAUAAAACCUAUUUACAAUAAUGAAGUUAAUACCCGUGAUCUUAAUCCUUGGCUCCCUUGGGGUAGUCGUGAAAUCAAAAGACCUAUUUACAAUUCUGAAGUUAAUACCCGUGAUCCUAAUCCUUGGCUCCCUUGGGGUAGUCGUGAAACCAAAAGACCUAUUUACAAUUCUGAAGUUAAUACCCGUGAUCCUAAUCCUUGGCUCCCUUGGGGUAGUCGUGAAACCAUAAAACCUAUUUACAAUAAUGAAGUUAAUACCCGUGAUCUUAAUCCUUGGCUCCCUUGGGGUAGUCGUGAAAUCAAAAAACCUAUUUACAAUUCUGAAGUUAAUACCCGUGAUCUUAAUCCUUGGCUCCCUUGGGGUAGUCGGGAAACCAAAAGACCUAUUUACAAUUCUGAAGUUAAUACCCGUGAUCCUAAUCCUUGGCUCCCUUGGGGUAGUCGUGAAACCAUAAAACCUAUUUACAAUAAUGAAGUUAAUACCCGUGAUCUUAAUCCUUGGCUCCCUUGGGGUAGUCGUGAAACCAAAAAACGUAAUUACAAUUCUGAAGCUGAUACACAUGAUCCUAAUCCUUGGCUCCCUUGGGGUAGUCGUGAAACCAAAAAAUCUAAUUACAAUUCUGAAGUUAAUCCCCGUGAUCCUAAUCCUUGGCUCCCUUGGGGUAGUCGUGAAAUAAACAAACUUAAUUAUGAUUCUGAAGUUAAUACACGUGAUCCUAAUCCUUGGCGUCCUUGGGGUAGUCGUGAAACCAAAAAACAUAAUUUCAAUUCAGAAGUUUAUACCCGUAAUCCUAAUCCUUGGCUCCCUUGGGGUAGUCGUGAAGUCAAAAAACCUAAAUAUAAUUACAAAAUUAAAACUCAUGAUCCCAAUCCUUAUAUUGAUCACACAGAUGCUUUUGAGAAGGGAUUUUUCAACCUAGAGGAUCUUCAUGUUGGAAAUGUAAUGACCCUCCAAUUUUCUGUUCAAGAGAUUCCUCACUUUUUUUCAAGAAAAGAAGAGGCUGACUCAAUUCCUUUCUCAGUAUCACAAUUCUCAAGUGUUCUCCAACUUUUUUCAAUCCCAGAAGACUCUCUUGAAGCCAAAACCAUGAGAGGCACACUUGAACAUUGUCAAGAAGAAACUGUCGUAGGAGAGACCAAAAUAUGUGCCAACUCUGUAGAGUCCAUGUUUGAAUUUGUUGACACAAUAAUUGGUUCAGAAAACAAGCAUAAUAUUCUCAGAACUAGUUAUCCUUCACCUACAGCUGCUCCUCUUCAGAAAUACACCAUUUUGAAAGUAUCCCAUGACAUUGAUGCUCCCAAAUGGGUCUCUUGCCACCCACUCCCAUAUCCAUAUGCAGUUUACUAUUGCCACACCAUGGCUACAGGGACUAGAGUGUUCAAAGUCACACUUGUUGGUGAUAAGAAUGGAGAUAAAAUGGAAGCUCUUGGCAUGUGCCAUUUGGAUACAGCUGAUUGGAACCCAAAUCAUAUGAUAUUCAAGACACUGAAAGUUAAGCCUGGGAAGAAUACUCCAGUGUGUCACUUCUUUUCUAUAAAUCAUCUUUUGUGGCUUCCAUUGCCAGAUUCAAAAGUCACCAUGUGAAGUCAGUUAAUAUAUCAUUGUGUAUAAUUAGCAACAGUAUGCAUGCUUGUGAGUGAUGAGUGAUGAGUGAUGAGUGAUGAGUGAUGAGUAGUUUCCUAUGUGUAUUCCUUGUUACUUGUUUUAUGUAUCAUAAAUAAAAUAAUGCUUGCUUGUUAAUAUUUGUAAGCAUGAUCAAGGUUACACAACACGAUCGAAAAAUAUAAAUUUGGACUUCUUGCAAGAUG